ACCUUGAUAAAUCAGGCAGAAUGAACAAGCGUGUUGCAGCUGCUCCGGAGAAAGAAAAUCAAAUUCCAAAGCAAGAAACUGAAUGUCCUGAGCAGAAAGAGGAAACUACUCAGUCAUCUAAGAGAACAUAUAAUCAGUCUGAUGAUGCUUGUUUUGGCUCAGAAUUUGGACUUAACAGCCAGGUAAAGGUCUCAAGAACAGCCCGAGAUAUUAAUGAAUACGAUGAGUUUGAUUUUGAUUUCAUCGCACCAAGCCCAAAAACACCAGAGUUUUUAUCACCCAAUGAUAAUUCUCCACCAUAUUUUGAUGACAUCGACGUACAAGAUUCGUUACCAGAGACUCACACCAGCCAGAAAGAAAGAAUGGUGACAGAAGUUGAUCUCACCAGUGACAGAAUACAAGCUGAUGAAAUCAAGGAAGAUAUUAAUGUAUAUGAUGAGACUAACCUUCAAGAAGAAAAUGUGGAAAUUAAUGAUUUUCAAAGAUCAUCUGCAGAUCAUGAGUUCAUGCAGAAACAAGACAACCAGCUUGACGCAAUGUUUGAAAAAUCCUCCUCAGACUACAUCGCAGUGUUGGAAAGGAUUGCGGAUUCCUUCAAAGCUUUCGACCAUGAUUUUCUACUGAAUCUGUUUGGUGAAGAGAAACACGAACAGUACAAGAAAAACCAAGUUGAAAGGAACAUGUUGAGAGGCCAAAGGAGGAGAUUGAGUCUAAGAAUAGAAGAGAAACGACGAUCAAUUACUUGCCUGUCGCAAUUAUCCAAAGUUUCUGCAAACUCUCACGCGAGUUUCACUCCACAAACGUCCAAGUCUCGAUCCACAUCCUCAUCAUCUUCAUCGACCUGGCGGACGAACACUCCUGCAUUUCAAAAUCGAAAUAAAUCAAAUGUUAUUGUUAUAGAAGAUGACGAAGAUCAACCCCCCGGUACAGGUACUAAUGCCAAGACGUCGUCUAGAACAUUGGCACGUUUUCCAGGGGGGAGUUAUGAAGCAUCUCAAACAAAUAAUGGUAAAAGAAAAAAGAAAAAGAGAAAGGGCAAACGAAGGUUUUAUGCAGGAACAAAAACUCGAUCAAAAAACAUUAAGACUGAAGACAAGAAGACUGACGCUUCUUCCUACAACGCCAACACUCGCAUGAACAAACCUAUCGUCUACAAAUACCGAUUUUUCUCGAAGAAUCGAAAUCAUGGUUCGGGCAGUAGUUUGCCUGGACUGAGCAUUCCUGUUAAGAAAGAACCAUCCUGGUAGGAACUGGCAAAUUUCAUGUGACAGUUCUGUAUGUACGUCUUUAUAUCGAUAUACUUAGAGGCUGUUCACAUGAUCCCGGUUGAGAGAUUUAACAAAGCGUACAAUGGAUUUUGACGGCUAUUGAAAUGAGUAAGUAACACGAUUCUGGUAGUCUUGUGAUCAUCCUAACAAUAGCAUGUGGUUUUUUUCAAUACUUCUCAAAAUCCAAAAUCCAUUCUAAACGGGCUCAUGUGAACAGCCUCUUAAUCUGCCAAGUUGCUAUGGAAACAGUGACGAAGCUAUGCCAAAAAUUGUGUGCCCUUAAGGCAGUGUGCAAUUCUAUGCAAUUUUUCUUGCAACUUGCAAUGCAAUUCUACUUUUUAAGAGAUGUAAAUUAGUGAGGAGGCUUCAAAGUUCAAAAUGUAAGUGUAACUGAGAAAAGCCAUGGAUUGUAAUAGAGACAAAAGUUCAGUCGUUGCCAAUCUUACAUCUCUCAAAAGAAGAAUUGCAUUGCAAGUUGCAGGAAAAAUUGCACCGUGUUACAAGGCCUUUAAUUGCAUGACCUUGUUUGUGUGUCGCACCAGUCCAG